UGGAAAGUAAAAGAAGGGCAGAAAUCAGAGAGACGUAAACGGGGAGCUCAGUAUGUUUGGUUCUCUGAUUACGAAGCGAUCCUUUCUUCUCUCCUCCGUCUUCCUCAUCUCCUGCCUUAUUAAAGAAGAUUCGCAUUUCUCCUCAGCUCGCCUUACACUGCUUCUGGCUACGGAAAUAAGGGAGCCCGUCAAUAAAGCGCUUGCUUUUUUCGCUGAUUCGGACUAGGAAUCCGUCGAGAAAGCUGAGAUCUUUAAGCAGGUUUCGUCUUUGUGGCUCCGGGGGCUUGUUUCUGUAGAAAAGAUUCGAUUUUGAUUCUGGUUUAGUUGAGUUUAUUAGUUCUUCUGGGAAAAGUUGGGGUUGUUUCGCACCUAGCUGAGUCUUGGGCUGUUUCUUGGUGCUAAAGAAAGGAAGAAAGGAAUAGACUCGAUUUAUGAUCGGAAGCUGUUGUGAGAUUAGAGCGCCUGGCGUUCACAGUUUGGAUCUUGCUUCUUUUUCUUGGGGAUCCGUUGAGUGGUUUGCGGUGGGUGAUGAGGAACGAUGUGCAGAAACCUCAGGGUGGCGGUGUGCCGAGGAAUCACCGCAACGGCAGUAGCAAUGAGGUCUUAUCCGUUCGGUCUUUGUCGAAUUGCAUGAGGAUCGUGUCCUCCGCUGCGUCCAAUGUUGCAUCCACUGUUCGCAAGGCGGGGGUGUCUAUUGUCUCCUCAAUCGCCAACGGCCAUGAUGAUGCGGGCCAUGAUCAGGUGCUUUGGGCAGGAUUUGACAAACUGGAAAUGGAAGGUGAUGUCCACCGACAAGUUCUCUUGUUGGGUUAUGGGUCAGGGUUCCAGGUUUGGGAUGUUGAGCAAGCAGAUGAUGUAAGGCAGUUAGCAUGUAGACAUGAUUUCCCUGCUUCUUUUCUUCAAAUGCAAAAGAAGCCAAUUGCAUUAAAGGGUCUAGUAGAUAGGUUUGCAGAUGUUCGUCCAGUGCUGAUUGUGGUUGGGGAUGGAUACGUUAAUGGAAAUUUCAACAAUUUUGAUGGGUUUGGUUUUUCUUCUAACGGUUCUGUUGGUGGUUGUCAGGAGAUGGAAAGUGACAAUUCUUUGCCUACUUAUGCCCAUUUUUAUUCCUUAAGGACCCAUGAGUAUGAGCAUGUCUUGAAGUUCAACUCAGCUAUUCUCUCUGUUAGGUGCAGUCCUCGAGUUAUUGCUGUUUGUCAAACUUCACAGAUACAAUGUCUUAAUGCUGCAACCCUAGAGAGGGAAAAUAUAAUUGUUACUAAUCCUGUAGCUUCGGCAUCUGUUGUUUCUGGAAGUAUAGGCUAUGGCCCACUUGCAGUUGGCACCAGGUGGUUAGCGUACAGUGGAAUUCCAGUUCCAGUUUCAAGUAAUUGCCCUGUUAGUGCUCAAGAUGUAAGUCCUGCUACGGUGACUCCUUCAAGAGGUAGUCUGAUGGCACAUUUUGCAAGAGAAUCUAGUAAGACACUUGCUGCAGGUUUGGUGACACUUGGAGAUAAGGGGUUGACAACAUUCUCCAAGUAUUACACAGAAUUUGUAGGUGACAAUAAUGGUUUUACAGUGCAUGGGAAUUCCAAUUCAAAUAGCAACAAGAUCAUGCAUAGGGAACCUGCAAACAUGGAAAAUGAUGAAAUGGUCAUAGUUGAAGAUAUUGUCUCUAGAUCAGUGAUAGUUCAGUUUAGGGCACAUAAGAGUGCUAUCUCCGCUUUGUGCUUUGAUCCUAGUGGGACCUUGCUAGUCACUGCUUCUAUCCAUGGCCGUAACAUCAAUGUUUUUCGCAUAAUGCCUUCUCCACAUUCAAAGCCAGAAGGAUCAGGUGCAAAGGGGACUUGCAUCCAUCUUUUCAAGUUACAACGAGGCAUCACAAAUGCGGUUAUACAAGACAUCAGCUUCAGUGAUGACAGUAAAUGGAUAGUGAUCAGCUCGUCAAGGGGUACUAGUCAUUUAUUUGCAAUCUACCCUUCUGGAGGAGCUGCAGACCCUAAGUUCAAUGAGCGUAAUAUUGCAAAUAUCUGCUAUGGAUCAGCUUUGACAACAAAAAUGUCAGUUCAUUUAUCUCAGAAUUCUUGCUCUUCAAAGAUAAGUGAGCAGAACCUUUAUGGGUCUGGUAGUCCUGUUACUUUAUCUGCUGUAUGCAGAAUAAAGAGCGGGAAACCUGGGUUUAAAAGUACCGUUAAUGGGUUAGCAGCAGCUGGUACUGCUAAGAUCAGUCCUUCGCCCGGGGCCAUUGCUUCUGUUUUCCAUUACUGCAAGGGUACUGGUCUUAAUGCCAAUAUCAGCUCACUGAGAAAAAUGUACUACUUUCUUGUAUUCUUUUCUUCUGGCUCUAUCAUACAGUAUGUUCUUCAUCAAUCAAGCAGGGAGUAUUGUGGCACUGAUCAAUCAGGGUUAAGUUCCAUUGCUCACGAGUUAUCACAUGAAGCAUAUUCUAGGUCAGACGUUGAGGCACUUCAGAAAUGGGAUGUUUGUCAUAAGCGGAACAGUAAAGAUGGAUGCGACAAUGUUGAUAUAUAUGGUGAUCAUGGCAGUGGAGAGAAUACUAAAUUUUUAUGUAAAGACACGAGGAAAGAGAUUAGUGUGUAUAACUCUGCUAGUGGUGUUGACUUGAAAACAAAGCUUGCUGCUAAACAAACUCCUCACUUGUACAUAUCUGAGUUCGAGUUGCAUGUUCAUGAAGCUUGGGUUCCCCUAUGGUCAAAGUCUAAGAUUUCCUUUAAUGUGUUGAUGGACCAAAAUAGCAAAGAAGCCUACAGUGGUAAUUCUGUUGGAGAAAUAGAGAUUGAAAUAAUCCCAUGCCGUACAAUUGAAGCUAAACUGAAAGAUCUUGUUCCAGUUUUCGAUCAUCUGCAAUCACCAACAUUCCAGCAACCAAGGACAGAUGAUUCUGACCUCAUCCCGCAUGGCCCACCUACAUGCCUGAAGACAGGCUUGUCGGAAGUCAGGGAGCAUUCACACCGAAGUAGCUGUAGUUCUCUUGACAGUGUGCCUGAAAAUGCUGUGAUAGCUGAGCUUCCCAAUAGUAACAGCAACGGUGGUUGGACCCGCUCUUCACAAGAUACUGACAAGGGCUUUCUAAGUAAUCAUACAGAUUGCCCAAACAUGGAAAGUAAUCUCGAGUCUGUAAAUAACAAUGAGGGCCUGAAGACUGAGGCCUCGCUCGAGUUUGUAAAUAACACAACCUGAAGCUGGAGACACACCUCGAGGACAUUGAUAAUGGCAGUCACCAAGAUGGCAGUAUCGAGAGGUAGGAAUUUGUCUAGUAUCAGGUGUUUAUCAGCUUUCUUUUCUUUCUUUUGGUCCCUGUAGGUGUUUAGCCAUUGUUCAUAGAGGCACAUACAUAUACUGGGAAUGUAUAGCCAGGUGGGGUUGAACUUUGGAAGGGAAAGUUUCUUUUAUUUUCCAGAACAUUUGUGAAUGAAGCAAAUUCCAAGAUUGCAAUUCCAAUGACUGUAGUGUAUGAACCAGUGACAAGGCUUCUUCCUCAGUAUCUACUUCAUAAGAAGGGAGACUGAUGUGAUUUGUGUUCAUAUAUAUUUUGUUGUUGUUCUAUGUUGUCCUUCAGUAUAUAUUCUUCUUCAGUAUCCAUUUGGCUUCUAUGUUGUUUUUCUUUUACUUGACACCACUUUGAAUAUUCACCUUACAUGUAUAUCAAUAUAAACGAGUGAGAGAGAGAGAUAGAGAGGUUGGGAAAUGGGCUCUUAGUGGGCCUAUUAAGCUGGGCCUCACACAUGGUAGGCUUUCAGGUUCUUAGUAGUAGUCGAAGGCUCACAUGGCCCAGCCUCUCUCCUCUCCUCUUUAUCUCUCAUAACCUCCUCGGUGUCGCCGCCCUGGAUUUAGUGCGAAAUCCGCGGUUUCUGGCAUUCCGGUCGGUUCCAGAUCUAUGAAGCAGGGGCCUCUCCACUCUGUGGACCGGCCCAUCACGGGUGGUUGAUUUCGUCGUCUUGAUGUAGCUUGAGAUGGGUGUUCCUGAGCAAUUCCCCUGUUUGUUCUUCCAAGAAGGUCAGUUUUCCCCAUCCCUUGCGAUUUCGUCUGCAGUUUUGUAUUCGAUAAUUAGAUUUUCUUCAUUUGAUUAUUAUACUCGGGAUGGACUACUUUUCUCUGUCAAACGCACCAUAAAGGUGGUGACAAUUUUAGUACAGAACUCGAAAUCUAAUUGAUUUCCACGGAAAUGGUUCUGGUUGAAUAGCGACGAAGACCCUCUGUUUCCUGCUUCAAAGGGCCUACCUUUGUUAGAAAUAACUCAUGAGAUCUCGAGCAUGUUCCUUAUAUCGAAUAGAGAUGUUGAUGAUAGAUUUUGUUAGCAGUGCCAUCCAUGUUAUCCACCGUCCCCAAAUCGAAUAACCUUAGGGGGGUCAGAAGGUUGCUGUCAAUUUGCUCACUAUCCCGCUUGUGAGUUUGGCAGUAGAACUUAAACAACAGCCCUCUGGAGAAGAAAUUUCACCAAACUCAUUUCGUACUUACAUCCUUUGAACUUACACAGCUUAAUCUUCCUCAGAUGUCCAAAAACCACUCCAGAUGGUUCUUGAACUUAUUCUGAUGGAUCAUAUAUAUAGGUCAGAUCUUCAGGAAUUGAUGGAAGCUGAAAGGGAAGACAGAUUUUAGUUACAUUAGAUAAAAAGGAUCUGUGAAAUGAAGAUUAAGACAUUGAGAUAAGACCUACUUGAAUAAAAAGUUUCUCAAGGAGUGGGGUGUGGCAGAGCCUGAGGUAGCCAUAGAUGUAUUUGAGGUACUCACUGUUCAUUGAGUCCAUUAGCAACUGCAGUUCUUGCAGAUUCGGCAACACGAGUAGCAAAAGUGCAGCAUCGGUUUCUUCGUAGAUGGUGAAACGCUGUUGAAUAUGGUCGAUUAAGAAUCAUCAAGCCAGGGUGAAUAAUUGUUUUCUCUUAGUAAGUAGCACGAGAUAGUAUUACCAUUAGAGUUUCCGAGCACACUGUUAGGAUCUUGACUUGUGCAAUAUCAGACAGCAGCAUUGUAUAGUCAUGAUAGGGUUGUGUGUGUUCCAUGCCUAUGGAGCUGAUGAAGGCAUCCUCCAGUGAUGGGACAAUGACAUUUGAACUUUCAGAUAAGUUGAAUUCGCUUCCAAAGGCAUAUUCACCAUAGAAGAUGAAAGACUGGAGAUGAGUAGCAGAAAUCUCUAUUUGAUAUGUAUUCCAGCAUUCUACGAAAGCUAACCUCCUAAGCCUGGGGUUCUCAGCAACCAGUUCGAUCGAUUCAAGAGACAGCCAUUCCCUGAGGAUCAAACUCUCUAAGUUUGGGCAGUUGGCUAGUAUGAAUUGUAGCACAUCAUUCGUGAUGUCCACAUCGGCAAGAGACAGAAAUCGAAGGCCACUGAAGCCGGUAAAUCCCAAAGGUGGUUGGAUUUCACAGUGGCUCAAACUCAGAUGUGUGAGUGAAUUGCAUGGGUACAAAUGAUCAGGUAAUCUGAAAAACCGAGCUCCAUUGCUGAAUUGAUUAGGUGCCAGAUCAAAGCCCAUGGAAAAGUUCAUCUCAAGUGCUUCGACUCCCUUCGCGAUCGAAAAUGCUAUCCAAUUAUUGAUGUCGGGAAGGAAUAAGUCGAGCGGGCAAAAGUACAGGCGAAGCCUCUCGAGCUUGUUACCUCCGUGAAGCUGUAGGAUUCUGUUGACGACUGCCACAAAUUCUUCUGGGGUUUUGUUGCUCGCAAAUUCUGACCCGAAGUCUAAAGCAGUGGCAGAGAGCUGAAUAAUAGAAUGGAAAGACUGGACGAUGGACUCAGGCAACCCAGCUACCAUCUCCAUGGUUUCUCUCCUAUAUUACAACCAAUUGAUGCUUAUCUGCUGCUAAUGUAGUUCCUCUAAUUAUAAUCCUGUAGGUGGUGGUUGUCAAGGGAAAUCUUUGACCAAGUACUUUUUUCCAUGAGAAGAAUAGUGUCUGUGAUGGACCAGGCAUUCAUCUAAUUCAUGUCCAUUUCUUCCUGCACAAGAUAUUGCUGGUUUCAGAAAUCUUUCAGAGGAAGAUUCUGACAUGAGUCCAUGAGAACUUUCAAAAGCUCUGUGGAACGCUGAAGGUGGCCAUCACCAUGGGUGGCGGGUGUGUGAGACGUCAAAAAUUAUGUGCCUAAAAUUAAUACCUUGUGUGUGAGACUUGUAAGAGUUCUUCGACAAGUUGGAUUGAGAUUACUUGUUGCUUGUCUUUUGGGUGGAUAUACAUGGAUUCGUGAACUUUGUAGUGCUACAAGUAAUAUGAAUAUAUCAUCAUCAAAUUAUUGUUUUUGGUGUAAA